UACGACUUCAUCCAGGUAAAGCCAGACCAGGGCUCAGGCUCAAGCAUUGCAAAGUGCUUGGAAAUCCCGGAGGUGGUAGAAGUCUGCCCAUCCGACAUCCUCUCAGCACUUUGAGAGCGUCCGAUAUACUUCUUCCCCCAAGGCAAGAGACAGGAUCUGCUGAAAGCCAUACCUACACACAAGGCGAACCACCAAAUGAGGGCCGCACUUGAUCAGGCCUUUGCAAGGGUACGCCGUCACCCAGCUCCUCUGCCUCUGCUUCUACGAAGGCACCAUCAUCAUCAUCCACAUCCACCGCAAGAUUCCUAUGUUCGCCCAUUUGCUGUUUCACGGAGACAUGUACAUGUGCUAAGCUGUCGCCGUCGUUCGCCUUGGCCGAUAAAGGUCCUUCAGCUGCAAUCCGCGUUACAGGGGGUCGUCUCGCCCUUGUUCUAUUCCACCAACGCAACCUCUUCGCCGCAGAAGACAACCGCACAGAUCUCCAUGGAACACCAGAGCGACAUCGCCCGCGUGCUCGACUACUGGUUCCCACCGCCGUCCUCGUCGUCGCCCAGCAACCCGACGGAGAAGUGGUUCCGACCGCCCCAACCGGAGCUCGUCGACUCCGAGAUCCGCGCGCAGUUCUCGUCGCUGGUCGAGCAGGCCCGCAACGACUCGCUGGACUCGUGGGCGUCAACGCCGCUCGGCUCGCUCGCCCUGAUCAUUCUCCUCGAUCAGUUCCCGCGGAACCUGUACCGGGGCUCGGCGCUGUCGUUCUCCUCGGACGCAAAGGCCUUAGACCUGUCCGUAGCGUCGGUCGCGCGGGAGUUCGACCGCUCGCCGGACCUGACGCCGCUGAUGGCCCUGUUCUUCUACAUGCCGCUGAUGCACGCCGAGACCCUUGUCCACCAGGUCGCGGGUAUCUCCUUGCUCGAGAACCUCGCCGCGCGGUGCCUGGGCGACUCCGCCUCUUUCGCGUCGGCGCCGCCCCGCGCGGCCGUGGCCGUCGAGGAGGCCGCCUCUUUCGCGCGGAAUUCGUGCGAGUUCGCAAAGGCGCACCGCGACGUUAUCUUGCGCUUCGGCAGGUUCCCCAGUCGGAACCAUGCGUUGGGGAGGGAGAGCACUCCCGACGAGGUCGAGUUCUUGCGCCAGAACCCCGGCGGAUUCAUAGUCUCGAAGCAAAAGUGAGGGAUGACACCGAAGAGAUCGUAAGCGUGGGAAUUGGUGGAAUUUCUCCCACCCGAGCAUGCAAUCAAGGUUUUGGCCCGCUGGAGGGAUGGAUAUAGGGUUGUCUCGCUUGACUUUUGAUUUUGGAAAAUGAUGGAUCUAGGUGGCUGCGAGACGCCGUUGCGCUCCUGAAGCCCAUGCCUUCGCUAUCUUCGAACGACAGCAGGGCCCCCCAUAGCAACGGCUCCUUACUACCCAGCUAACUGGAUUUCGAAGCAAUCUGGAGACGUGCUUUAUAAACAAAAGCAAAGGUGGGGGAUCAAUGCGCUGUUGGAAAUUGUAGUCUGAGAGCGGAGGAUGUGCCCUCGGCGAUAUAUACAAAGCGUAUCAUUAUCAAUUAUCUGGC